UGUAGUCUAGCCAAAGAGUAUAUAAAAGUCUGUGAUAAAAGUCUAGCUUACAUAGCUGUCUCUGGAUUAUUGAUGAAAGUGAUAGGUCAAAAUUCGUCAUUUUAAUUUUAUUUUUAUUUUUGUUUUACCCUUAUAAUGAUUGAAGGAAAGGCAAAUGAACUACCCGAUUUUCAAGUUUUCCGGACAGUAAUCAAGUACUGUUUAUUCAUAAUCAUCGUACCAGUGCUAUCAUUCUUUGUAGUAAAGAUUUUGCUUUUCGAUAGCUUGUUGCGAUUGGAGGCUGUAACGAGCAGCGUUUAUUCAGCUGUAGUAGCGGUUGUCGUUUUACACGUAACUUUAGGUCUCUAUAUUUAUAGGGCAUACAGUGAAACCGAUAAACCGCCUGCUAAACCAGUGAAGAAAGAUUAA